AUGUCUCGUCCCCAGAACAUUGGUAUCAAGGCCAUUGAGGUCUACUUCCCCAGCCAGUGCGUUGACCAGGCUGAGUUGGAAAAGUUCGAUGGCGUUGGUGAGGGUAAAUACACCAUUGGUCUUGGUCAGACCAAGAUGAGCUUCGCCGAUGACCGUGAGGACAUCUACUCCAUGGCCCUGACCACCCUUUCCUCCCUCCUCAAGAAGUACAACGUCGACCCCAAGUCCGUCGGCCGCCUCGAGGUUGGCACCGAGACCCUCCUCGACAAGUCCAAGUCCGUCAAGUCGGUCUUGAUGCAGCUGUUUGCUCCCCACGGAAACACAAACGUUGAGGGUGUUGACAAUGUCAAUGCCUGCUAUGGUGGUACCAACGCUGUCUUCAACAGCAUCAACUGGGUCGAGUCCUCUGCUUGGGACGGCCGUGAUGCCGUUGUUGUUUGCGGUGACAUUGCUCUCUACGCCAAGGGUGCUGCUCGCCCUACUGGUGGUGCUGGAUGUGUUGCCAUGCUGAUCGGCCCUGACGCCCCCAUUGUCUUCGAGCCUGGUCUCCGUGCCUCCUACGUCACCCACGCCUACGACUUCUUCAAGCCCGACCUUGCCAGCGAGUACCCCGUUGUCGAUGGCCACUUCUCUCUCCGUUGCUACACCGAGGCCGUUGACGCCUGCUACAAGGCCUACGGCACUCGCGAGCAGACCCUCAAGGAAAAGACCCAGAACGGAACCAACGGUGUUCUGGACGAGUCUAAGACUGCUCUUGACCGUUUUGACUACAUGUGCUUCCACGCCCCUACCUGUAAGCUCGUGCAGAAGUCUUUCGGCCGCAUGCUCUACAACGACUACCUUGCCAACCCCACCCACCCCGCUUUCGCCGAGGUCGCCGCGGAGCUGCGUGACAUGGACUACAACAAGUCCCUGACCGACAAGAACGUCGAGAAGACCUUCAUGGGUCUCACCAAGAAGCGUUUCGGUGACCGUGUCAAGCCUGCUCUCGAUGUUGCCACUCUCUGCGGUAACAUGUACACCGCUACCGUCUACGCCGGCUUGGCCAGCUUGCUCUCCAACGUCACUUUCGACCCUGCUCAGCCCAAGCGCAUUGGUCUCUUCAGCUACGGAAGUGGUCUUGCCAGCUCUCUGUUCAGCGCCAAGAUUGUUGGCGAUGUUUCCUACAUGGCCGAGAAGCUCGACCUCCACAAGCGUCUCGACGCUAGAACCGUUCUGCCUCCCCAGGCCUACGAUGAUAUGUGCAUCCUGCGUGAGCACGCCCACUUGAAAAAGAACUUCAAGCCCGUGGGCAACCCCGAGACCAUUGUCCCCGGUACCUACUACCUCACCGAGGUCGAUGACAUGUUCCGACGACAGUACGACAUUAAGGCAUAA